AUGCCUCUUGGAGCUCUCCCUUCCUUUGACCAACUUCCCCCUGUUCCGGGCACUCCAAAGGGCUGUGCAUGGGGUAUCUUCGAUAAGGACGGCGUGAAGGAUCAAGUUGGGACACUGAACAUCCUUACGCCGAGCGUCGUACUGGAGGCGUCCAAAGAGAUCCGAACAGGCGAGAGCGUUACUUUGAAUUGGGGACUAGAAAACCCACCUUCGCCCUUUUAUCGCGAGAAAUUCCACCAUUCAAUCAAAGAUGUUGGCAAAGAGCAUAACAUGCCAAUUUGCUGCUUCGAUGACAUUGUCCAUUUCAACACCCAGUCAAGUUCGCAGUGGGAUGGCUUUAGGCAUUGGGGCCAUGCGACGACGAAACAACAUUACAACGGAAUCCUUCACGAUGACAUCAUAGGAACAGAUGAACUUAGUAUCCAUUCUUGGAGCGAACGCGGAGGUGUUAUCGGGCGGGGAGUGCUUGUCGACUUUGCGUCGUGGGCGGAAAGAAAUGGAGUCGAAAUAAAACCGGCAACAUCGCAGGUGAUAUCGCUCGAGGUGAUAAAGCAGAUUCUAGUGGAAGAAAAUGUCCAACUGAAGCACGGGGACAUCUUGAUACUACGGACCGGUUUGAUACAGGCCUACAACAAGUGCUCUAACGACGAAGAACGAAACGCUCUCAUGCGAUCCUCAAAUACAAUCGGCACUGAAGCUUCAGAGGACAUGGUGCGUUGGCUGUGGGAUAACCACUUCUCGGCCGUAGCUGGGGACGCAGUCGCCUUUGAGACGCAGCCGUUUGCAAAGACAUAUGCUCUACAUGACUACUUGCUAGUAUGGUGGGGGAUGCCGAUUGGAGAGAUGUGGGACCUUGAAGCUCUUGCACAGAAAUGUCAGAGUCUGAAGCGCUGGACCUUUUUCGUCACGAGUGCCCCGUUGAACGUGAAGGGGGGUGUGGCUUCUCCGCCCAAUGCCCUGGCAGUCUUUUAG